UUGCGAGGGUUCAGAAAUCGAUAUUGCGCUGAGCUGACAUACGCGAACUUAGUCUUGGACUGCUGCAGCAAGCUGCGGCCAGUUGAGAGUUUCAGACAUCGAAUCAAUGGCGUUGAAUUCAUCUGCCCCGUUUGUUGUUUACCAGAUGUGUUUGUGUUCGUUGUGAGCGAGGUGUAUGAAUUAGUGGUAGGUUUGUCCUCGUCAUACACGGAGUUGUGGUCACAGGUCGACUAUAUCAUACCGUGUGACAUGGCUAAUCCACCGUCCUUGUCCGGAGUCAAACGGAGGAUCGAGACAAACGAUGGCGGCUGCAUUCCACUGCCGGUGCAGAGCUUCCUGUGGAGGCAGACAAAUCCAUUCCUGUCGCCGAAAGUGGGUAAACUUCAUGAAGCCUCCUGUUUGACCUUUGAACGAGUCGUCGUACAGAACAUUCUUCAUGGGCUUUCGCCAAGUCUGUCAGAGGCGAUUUCCUCCAUUAAACGAUGGCGCUUCGUCCAAACCGCUUUUCCGCAUAUCGUCCAGUGCUGCGCCGCCUUGUUGUCUGAUCUACCCGUGGCAGACGAGCACCGGAAGCUGUCCCCAUCGUUGGUCAAAAUGCUUUACAUCCUGCAUUGGAUGGUACUGGACUCAGCGGUGGAGUGCGCGGACUCAGAUGCAGCUGGCAAAGAUGAAAAGGAUGUGGAAGAAGUCUUAAAUCAGCACUUGUUUCCGCUGUAUUGUAUUCAGAUUUUUGUCUACAUGAUAUGUCCGCUUGCGUUCAAGGUCACAGAGCAGGAUAUUUCAGACAACAUACGAUUGGAGGGUGGCCUACCGUUAUGGCAGGCGCUAUGGGACUUCCGUCAACCGGAAAUUUUAUGCUUUGUUGCUCCCGUCAAAGCGAAGGUUUCACAGCUGUUGUGUCUUCCGCUGUUGAAGAAGAACCUACAGCCAACAUUGGCGUCGAAGAACAUUUACCUAGGAGGCACGGAGUCGAGUGCCAUCAGCGGCGUUACCAGUGGUGCCACGACGGCGGUCGACAGCGAGCCGCUGAAGCGGCCGAAGAAACAGGACAUACCAUUGAAAAACGAUGCGUUGAAAAUGUUGAAGGACGUUCGUACGACAGCUGGCAAGUUGCUGUCGCCGAAAGUCAUCCAGAAGAUUAGCGGUGACAACGAGGCCCCGAGGCCGACCAGGGAUAUGAGGUUCAUGGAGGAUGAACCUCCCGGCGGGAUUAUUUCCAUCUCGGACCGAGCACCCCUCGUUCAGCUGAAGGAGAUCUGCGGGGCGUCGUUUUCCAGUACUGAAAGCACUUCUAUCCACUCGGUGCUGAAUUACGUUUCGUCGGCAAUCAACGGCUACAGUAACACGGCUUUCGUGGCGUCGUCACAAUGCAAUGAACGAAAGCCUCUUUUCUCUGGAACGGAAGGUACAGAACUUAUUUUGGUGUUUCGCUAUUCAGUAUGUAAUACUUGAAU